CUCCCCCCACUUUCUCUCUCCAAACCCAAUUGUAUCCCUCAAAUCUUUUUCUGCCCUCUUAUAAACCCCCUUACUGCCCCCCUCUCCUCGCACACACUAAUUUUUGGCUUCUGGUUCUGCUUCAAAUUUUCGCUUCCACACCAACACCCGCUUGGAUUUACUGUUGUUUGCUUCGCAGCCGCUCGCUCUCUCUGGAAAUAUCCUUCUGGGUUUUGGGAUUUUGGGAUGGGCUCUCCGAAGAAUCGAUGCGUUUCUUCUUCGAUUUUGCCUUUCGUUUGUCCAAUUAGCUAUUGAAAUCAAAUCCAGACUCCUUCCUUCUUUGUUUUGAACCAAAAUCUGAUCUGGGUUAUUAUUUUCUGUCAUUUUUUCCUUCAAUCGGGAUCUUCACACUUUUGCUUCAAUUUUCAACCCGCUGUUUCCCCUUUUUGUUUGUUUUGUUUUUUGUUUUCUUGUUUUUUUUUUUUUAACUCCGGCGAUCCAUCUCAGAGUCUCUACAUCCCUUGUAAAUACUCCACUCUGGGGUUUCUCCGUUUUCGGAUUGAGAGAGCGGGCGGCGGGAUUUCGACCUCAUGUAUGAAUCCAUGGCUGCAGCAAAGAACAGUGGCAAAUCAAAGAAGGGUGUUGAUGAAACUCAGAAGAUGAACCAGAUGGAGUGGGAGAUGGAGAGGGGCAAGGAUCUUCAUUUGACCUGUGAGGGGCGACAAUGGAAGCCAGUUUUUGAUGAAGCUUCCUUGUCAAACAGACCCCUCAAGAAGAUCCGAAGCCCUGAACGUCAAGACCCAUCACAAUUCUCUGCUUCUUUAUCUCAUCAAACGCCUUCUUUCUCUAUCCCCUCUGUUCCUCACAGCCCUGCUUCUACCAUUAAUGUUCCCCCUCCAUCUUCAUCUAUGUCAUCUUCAAGGCAUAUAUUCCCUUUUGCUUUUGACGGGUCCCAACCACUAGAAAUGCCUCCCCAAUUCACAACAUCUCCCCUGCCUCUGUUCCAGCCACCGUUGCAGCCGGCACAGAACCAGCAGCCACAGCAACAAAUGAUUUCUUUUGCUCCUGGUCACCACUACAGCGUUGGUUACCCACCGUAUUCCGGAGGCGAGCCAGCUACGUCGCAGCAACAGCAGCAGCUUCUCCAGUAUUGGAGUGAUGCGCUGAACCUCAGUCCUAGAGGAAGGAUGAUGAUGAUGAACAGGCUGGGACCUGAUGGUAGACCCAUGUUUAGGCCUCUGGCAUCCCCUGUGAGCUCGACCAAGCUUUACAGAGGAGUCAGGCAACGGCAUUGGGGAAAAUGGGUUGCUGAGAUUCGCCUUCCUCGGAACAGGACUCGCCUCUGGCUUGGCACGUUUGACACUGCCGAGGAUGCUGCUUUGGCUUACGAUCGCGAGGCGUUCAAGUUGCGAGGUGAAAAUGCUCGACUCAAUUUCCCUGAGCUUUUCCUCAAUAAAGACGGAGCUCCCAGCUCCACUACUUCUCCUGCCAGUACCAUCGAAAAUUCCAUGGCAGCCCAAUACUCGAGGCAGCCUCAUGAUGCUGUGGAAGGCCUUAAUGUGCAGGCAUCGAAUGCAGAACCCGUCCCUCCGCCGCCUCCACCGCCGCCCCCUCUUCAAGUAGAACAUCCUGAUGAUGACUCGGGAAUGGGGUCGAGUGAGAAUACAGUAGCUAGUGACGAUGUUCAGACAAUUGCUGCUGGUUCAGGAGCAGGAGAAGGCAAUUCGGGUACAGCGUCGGAACUGGCCUGGCGAGAAAUGGCAGAGGCUUGGGUGAAUGCAAUUCCGGCCGGUUGGGGUCCUGGGAGUCCUGUUUGGGAUGAUUUGGAUACCGCCAACAAUCUUCUGCUGCCAUCGAAUCUUCCUUUCGGCAAUGUCCAUCAGCAGGAAUUCAACGAUUUCGAUUUCCAGAAGCGAGAUGAGAACUUGGGUAUUGCUUCUUCCUCCACUUCAUGUCCUAUGAAGCCUUUCUUCUGGAAGGAUCAGGAGUGAAAGGUCACCCACAAGAUUCACCUCCGCCACUGGUGUAGCGUAGUUGCCCCUUUUCACCCUCUCUCUCUCUCUCUCUCUCUCUCUCUCUCUCUCUCUCUCUCUCUCUCUCUCUCUCUCUCUCUCUCUCUGUUUUUCUUGCAAAUGCACACACACACGCAACCUAGGUCGUCGAAGAGGUUUCAACAAAUCCCUCAUUUUUUUUUUUUUUUUUUUAACGGGUUGCAGAUAUUCAGAAAAAACAGCCCGUGAUUUCCAAACCCUUUCACUUUCCUCUACUUCUUUGCCAAGGAAAAUUUCAUCCUUUGACCCUUUUUUAUCUUACCUUUACUUCUCCCGAAACCCUGUUCACUGGUUGCAGAUUUUUCAAAAAACAACCUGUGAUUUCUUUGGAGCUUUUACAUCAGAGCUUCAAAAAUCCACUUUGGCUUUGGUCCCCUUUCAUAUUCUGUCCGAAUAUCUUCCUUGGGUCCUCAUCUCAUCUGCUGGCACAAGGCUGCAUAUUUUUCUGGCCUCGCAGCAGUGGGAAAUUCAGUUCCAUACCUACACAUGCCUGGUAGACCAAUAGUAUCUCGCAUUUGCGGUACGUAGGUAGUAGCAGAAGCUGCUAAAGUAUUUGUGUCUAAUUUAUGCUGUGUCUUUUGCUGUUGAUGUUGUUUGGAAAUGUCUUAUUUAGCAAGUUGUAGUUGAAUUUGAUUUUGGUGCGGGACCAGGAGAGAGGGGGACAGUUUUGUGAUCUCCUUCUCCAUCGGGUCCGUCCAUCGCGAGCCCUGUUUUUGAUCUGCGAGGAUGGAAGCCAUUUGUAAUCGCGUGCAUUCAGAUAUUUUGUAUGGUCAUGUCAUGUGAUACUACUAAUGGUAAUAGUAAUACUGCAGUCUUCCCAUAGUUACCCCA